AUGCCUGGAAUCCCACCCAACGCUUUCGCCGAGCUUAAGGCCAAGUUCAAGAGCCUGCUUAAGAGCAAAGGAAAGAAGGAGAAGACCGCCCAACCCACCGAGACAACAAACGGAGCCACUCCUACUGAGACUACUCCCGCCAUUGUCGCCGCCGCAGCUACUGCCCCUGAAGUCAAGCCCGAGACAGUCGCUGCCAAGGUUGAAGAGCCCGCUGCUGGCGCAGCCCCAGUCGCUCCAGUUGUCGAGGCAACCAAGACCGAGACACCAGCUUCUGCUGAGCCAGCGAAGGUCGAGGUUACUCCAACCCCAGCAGUCGAGCCCGAGGUCAAGCAGGACGAGCCAGCCCCAGACCCAGUUCCUAAUCCAGCCGCCGCUGUCCAGAUUGCAGCCCUGACCGGCCCAGCUAUGGCUCCGGCUGUACCAAACCCUGCUUAG